GUCCUCCGCCCACUUGCUGAUGAUAGCGGGUCAUGCGGCCUCGACUGUUUUGAUCCACACAGCUUGGGACAGGCGGGGCAGAGAUGGCGGAGUACUGGGAGUCUAGGUAACUCCCGUGAGAAAAAACCCGAACUACUGAGGCAAAAAAACCCGUUUCACAAGCUGCCAUAGGGGGAAUUUAGCGGUGAAGCUGGCGGCCUUGUACGGACCUCUAUUCCGCCCGGAGGACAUGGAGAUCAGGGCGGAGGGCGAGGCGGAGGAGCGCAGGCGGGAGCACUGGAAGCUGUUGUCCAGCCUAAAGACCACAGUGGAGGGCCUCGUGUCCACGAACAACCCUAAUGUGUGGUCACGCUACGGCGGACUACAGCGGCUGCACAAGGACAUGAACAACAUCCUCAGUCAUGGACUGAAGAAUGAGCAGGUGUACUACAAGCAGAGAGACUACUGGCCAUUUGUCUGGUGUGUUCGUUACAUCAGCCCUCACCUCGCUUCACAUGUUGAACAGUUCAGUCAUCUGGAACCGGUACUGAGCAGCGGGAUGCAGAGUGCCGGUGAAAGCUACAAGGCAGAGCGCUGGCUGCUUCACAGCUUACAGGUUCACAUGCUGUCGGCUCAGCUCAGACCUCUGCUCAGACAUCUAGGACAUACAAGAAAAUACUAUAAUGAUGAUGCCUUUCUGCUGAGCGAGCCUCAUGUCACUGCCAUGUUCCAGUGUCUGGAAGCUGUGGAGCAAAAUAAUCCUAAACUGCUGGCCCAAGUAGACACUGUAGGGUUGUCUCCACUGAAGGGGCCACCAUGUCUCGGCCUGUUGAAGAGCCAGAGCCUGUGCGUGCUGCCAGGGGCCGGCGGGGCCUGGAGGAAUGCUGAUUCAGCUCUCAGAGGAGAGUCUCUAAACCGCAGACUCACCACCUCCAACUGCUCCCUCCGAGAGGCAGUUGCCAUCAGCCACAACUGCGGGAACACGACGGGGGUUGAAACCCAAAACGGCAACAGCACAAAAACUACCUCUCCUGCCAGCAGCCUGGGAGCUCCCUGGGUGUGUGUGUCUACACCGAGGGAGAGCGAGCGGGGCGUGACACCCCCUCCUGGACCAGUGUCGGUCCCUUGCAUCUCCCUAACAGAGUCGCCUUCGCCCUCCUCCUCCGUACAGCCUGAGACGGGGGACUCCGGUGAUGGUGACUACGAUGAUGGUCCAGAGUACCUGGCUAUUGGUAACCUGGGGCAACGCAGUCGCCACGAUUCCCGAAGCUCCACACACAGCAGUGAGCAGGGUGACAUUAAGGACCCGCCCAUGCAACAAAGUCCCCUGGCUCCACCCCCACCUAGGUGCUCAUCUUUUUCAGAGGGCCAGACGGGGCCGGUCCGAGGGUCCCGAGGACACACCCGCUCGUUUUCUGACACAGGGGUCAAUCUGAAACUCAGGAAUGAAUCAGCUGGUGAUGACUCCUGUAUUAAGGACUACAGCCCUUUCUCACCUCAGCGCAGCGAUGUCAGCACAUCCAGUUCCCUCUACAUGGAGUCUAAUGGGUCCCAGUACAGCAGUGUUCCAGAUGGGAUGUUCAGGAAACCAUCAGAGGGCCAGAGCCUCAUCAGCUACCUGUCAGAGCAGGACUUUGGCAGCUGUGCUGACCUAGAAAAGGAGAACGCUCAUUUCAGCAUUUCAGAAUCCCUUAUUGCUGCCAUUGAGCUGAUGAAGUACAACCUGCGGCGUCAGGAGGAGGAGGGCGAGGAGGAGGGAGACAGCGACUGUGAGAUUCAACAGCUCAAGCAAAAGAUCCGCCUGCGGAGGCAGCAGAUCCGCCGCAACCGGCUGCCGCCUUGCACAACCUCCCAGCACCUUUUCCACUCCACUGAUAGCGGAGGCUCCAGGAGGAGCUCUCAGGACUCCUACCAGGGCCUGUCUGACUCUGGCUCAGCUGAGGAGGUGGAGGAGUGCGAGCUACGAGAUGGCUGCGAGGGUCAGUCCCUGCUGGCGGUGUCACAGAACGGCCUCUCACUGUCACUCGCCUCCCUCUUCUCAGAUGCAGACAUUAAGCGCAGUGUGAGCUCCAGCAGUAGGUCUUUUCUCAGCUCAGAGUCCAUCUCUCCCUCCUUCCUCCAGUCCAAUUCUGCUGAGUCAGUCGCCAUGGGUUUGCUCAGGCAGUUUGAGGGCAUGCAGCUACCUGCUGCCUCAGAGCUCGACUGGCUGGUCCCAGAACACGAUGCUCCGCAGAAGCUGCUGCCCAUUCCUGACUCUCUGCCGAUCUCACCUGAUGACGGCGAACACGCAGACAUUUACAAGCUGAGGAUUCGGGUCCGAGGCAAUCUCGAGUGGGCGCCGCCCCGACCUCAGAUCAUCUUCAACAUUCAGCCUGCCCACAAGAGGAAGAUCGUUGUGGCGAAACAGAACUACCGCUGCGCUGGCUGUGGCACCCGGAUCGACCCAGAUUAUAUUAAGCGACUGCGUUACUGUGAAUACCUUGGCCGUUACUUCUGCCAGUGCUGCCAUGAGAAUGCCCAGGCGGUGGUUCCCGGCAGAGUGCUGAUGAAGUGGGACUUUAGCAAGUACUACGUCAGCAACUUUGCCCGGGAUCUGCUGAGCAAGAUUGCUGGAGACCCACUGUUCAACCCCAAUGACAUCAACAGUGGCUUAUACAAGAAGUUUAAAGCUCUGGAGGCUGUCAGGGUUUUGAGGAUGCAGCUGUUUCAUAUGAAAAAUCUCUUCAAGACCUGUCGCUUUGCUAAAGAGGUUCUGGACCAGUUUGACAGCCUACCAGGUCACCUGACCGAGGACCUUCACUUGUUCUCCCUCAAUGACCUCACUUCUGUGCGCAACGGGGAACUGGCUCCCCGAUUGAAAGAGUUGCUUAAACUUGGUACCAUGCACGUAGCUGGCUGUGUGCUGUGCCAGGCAAAGGGCUUUGUGUGCGAGUUCUGCGGCAACGACAAAGACAUCAUCUUCCCCUUUCAGCUGAGCAAGUGCCAGCGCUGCGAAGAGUGCCAUGCGUGUUACCACCGCAGCUGCUUCCGGGCAGGUAAGAACUGUCCUCGAUGUCAGCGGCUGGCAGAACGGAGAGAGAGGAUGGCGCGCAGAAACAUGGAGGAACAAGAGGAUGAGGGAGGUGGGACCUAGUGCUGGAAAAAGAGGAAACUCACUCGCAC